CCCUGGAGGAGUGGGCUUUACUGGAUCCUUCACAGAAGAAAUUCUAUAGAGAUGUGACGUGGGAAACCUUCAGGAACCUGGCCUCAGUAGAAGUUAUGUGAUAGAAAGAAGCUGGGACAGGAAAGAGGGUAGUCAAUAUGGAGAAAUCUUGACCCUUAUUCCAAAUCAAAAUGUGAACAAGAAAACUUGUGGAGUAAAACCAUGGGAAAACAGUGUAUGUGGAAAUGUCUUAAUGCAGCCUUCAUUUCAGAAUGGGAACAUCAGAUGUCACACUGGACACAAGCCCUCUGAAUAUCAGAAAUAUGGAGAGAAGCCACAUGAAUAUGACAUAUGUGAGAGAGACUUCAGUUACCUUCAGUGUUUUGAAAAACAUGAAAGCACAAUGGAGAUAAACCUUAUGAACAUAAAAUAUCUGAUAAAGCCUUCAAUUCCAGUUUUGUUCAAGUACAUGAAGAAAUUCAUACUGGGGAAAAACUUUAUGAAUGUAAGGAAUGUGAAAAAAACUUUGAUCUCUCAAGCCUUCAAGUACACAUGAAGGAAGGACCUUAUAAAUGUAAGGCAUGUGAGAAAGCAUUAAUUUCUCCCAGUUCAUUUAGGAUACAUGAAAGGACUCACACUGGAGAGAAACCCUACGAAUGUAAAUCAUGUAGAAAAGUAUUCAGUUGUUUCAGUUAUCUUCGAAGACUUGAAAGGGCACACUCAGGAUUGAAACCCUGUGAAUGUAAGCAAUGUGGUCUAGCUUAUAGAUACUUUGGUUCCUUAAAAAUACACACAAAGACUCACACUGGAGAGAAACCCUAUGAAUAUAAAACAUGUAGAAAAGCAUUCGGUUGUCAUAGUGAUCUUCAAAGACAUGAAAAGGCACACACAGGAGUGAAACCCUACGAAUGUAAGCAAUGUGGUCUAGCUUACAGAUACUAUAGUUCCUUAAAAACACAUAGAAGGACUCACACUGGAGAGAAACCCUAUGAAUGUAAGCAAUGUGGUAAAGGUUACAGAGAUUCCAGUUCCUUAAAAACGCAUGAAAGAGGUCACACUGGAGAGAAACCCUAUAAAUGUAAAACAUGUAGUAAAGCAUUUGGUUGUCGCAGUUAUCUUCGAAGACAUGAAAGGGUACACAUAGGAUUGAAACCCUAUGAAUGUAAACAAUGUGGUCAAGCUUACAGAUACAAUUGUUCCUUAAAAACACACAAAAGGACUCACAGAAGAGAAACCCUAUAAAUGUAAGUAAUGUAGUCAAGCUUACGGUGAUUACACCUUAAAAACACAAAAGGACUCACACUGGAGAGAAACCCUAUGAAUAUAAAACGUAGAAAAGCAUUCAGUUGUCGCAGUUAUCUUUGAAGACAUGAAAGGGCACACAAAGGAGUGAAACCAUAUGAAUGUAAACAAUGUGGUAAAGGUUACAGCAAUCACACUUCCUUAGAAACACAGGAAAGAAGUCACACUGGAAAGAAACCUUAUGAAUGUAAAACGUAGAAAAGUAUUCAGUUGCCUCAAGUAUCUUCAAAAACAUAAAAGGACACACACAGGAGAGAAAUCCCAUGAAGGUAAACAAUGAGAUAAAGCUUUCCAUUCUCAUCUAGGUUUCCAAAUACAUGAAAGAAAUUGCACUGGUGGGAAAUGUAAGAAAUGUGGGAAAGCUUUCAUUUACACACAAACUAGCGAACACCAGUGAGCAUGCACACUGAAGACACACCAUAUGAAUGUGAAGAAUGGGGGAAAGCCAGUCAUCCCAGUUCCUUCCAAAAACAUGAAAAGAAUCACAGGAUAAAACCUAUUUAACAUAAACAGUGUUGGAAGGAUUUCAGCUUGCACACAUCUUUUACAUGUGAAAAAUCUAAGGGAAAACAGAUAAAACUAUGUAACAUGAGAAAGCUUGAUGUAAAUUAAUCCAUGUAUAACAUUCUAGAAAAAGUUGUUAUUAAAGUUGUAAAUACAUUGUUUUAUCAAGCUUAUUAAGUGAAUCACUUCAAUACAAAUUUUUUAUUACAUUCAGAAAUGAAUAUUGAGGUGAGAUACCUCUUGGAGUCAUCUUUUCAAUAGUAGUACAAGAGAUUAUAAGAUAGAGUUUCUUCCUUAAAUGAGUUAUUUUCUCUUUCCAUAUUGAAGCUCUUAGAUCCCUGGGUGAGCUGAAGUGUAUUUCUAAUGUGCAAAUAAAGUUUUUAAUAAUGUUUUGGUUUUUAUUUUCUGUGUUAAGUAAGGGACCAUUGUAAAAUGAUAGUUUGGUAUUUGUUGGGGUUUUAUUACUGGCUUGGUGAGAGUUUCUGGAUAUUCUUAGUCCAUUAAUUGUAUAUAUUCUGCUUUUUCUUCUUUUACUGACAUAGCUCUUUUGGGGGGACAGGUGUAUGAGGUGUGAUCAAUAAAUAUGGUGAAUCUUUAAAUAAAAAUUAU